CCGCCCGGCCCUCCGGGACCCUCCUCGGGCCAGGGACGCCCCCGCCGCGCCCCCGGCCGUGACCUUGGCGCCGCGGGCGCUCCCGUGCCCCAGGCCCCGUCCAGCCGGCCCCGCGCCGCCCGGGCCCAUGGCCGCGUCGGAGGACGGGAGCGGCUGCCUCGUGCCUCGGGGCCGCUCGCAGAGUGACCCCAGCGUCCUCGCCGACUCCCCGGCCACCUCCUCCGCGGACGCCGGGGCGCACCCAGAUGAGAUGGCGGAGACCCCCCCAGCACGCCCCGAGUAUCUGGUCUCAGGGACCCGCACGCCCCCCGUGAGGAGGAACAAGUUGGCCUCGCUGGGUCGCAUCUUCAAGCCCUGGAAGUGGAGGAAGAAGAAAAGUGAGAAGCUCAAGCAGACGACGUCCGCGCUGGAGAAGAUGAGCAGCAGGCCGGGGCGUGAGGAGCUCAUCCGGAAGGGGCUGCUGGAGAUGAUGGAGCAGGAGGCCGACAGCAAGGCCUGCAACCCCGACGGGGCCCCCCCGGCCCCCCAGCAGGAGCCGCUCGGACCUCAGGACACACCGCCCGGGGAGACCGAGGCUGCCGGGCCAGAGCAGGCGUCCCCAGCUGCCCCACAGUGCCCUGAGGACCAAGCCGUGGACCCGUCAUCCGUGCCAGUGGCGUCCCCGGGCGAUGCCGACGCCGAGAGCCCCGUGUCCACCGCGGACGAGCCCUCAGAAGCCUUAGCGGGGCCCGAUGCCCCGGCCAGUCCUGGGGGGCAGCUCCCUAGCCCCCCGCUGCUGCCCACGCCACCGCCCAAGGCAGGCGCCAAAGCGGGGAAGCCGCUCUCAGGCCCGGCCGUGCCCUUCCAUGUGGCCCAGCUGUCCAGCCCCUCGGGGUCCCCGAGCCUCCCCGCCGUGCACUGCCCACGGCCCCCGAGCCGCGUCAUCGAGGAGCUGCACCGGGCGCUGGCCACCAAGCACUGUCAGGGCAGCUUUCAGGGACGGGAAGGCAAAGGGUCCCCGAAGAAGCGCCUGGACGCACGUCUGUCCCGGACACCAAGCAUGGAGCAGGCCAAGGAGCAGAGCUGCAGCCCCGACGGGGCGGCCGGCAGCCGGCAGGAGUCGGAGGAGGACAAGGAGAACUUGCUGGGCAGGCCCGAGCUGCGGGACGACGACCUGCUGCUCUACCAGGACCCCGAGGUGCUCGACGACUCGGUCAUCGCCGGCACGCUCCCGCGCUCGUGCAAGAAGGAGCUGCUGGCCGUGAAGCUGCGUGGCCGGCCGAGCCGGCAGGAGCUGGAGGAGAGGAACAUCUUCCCGCGCAGGACGCCCGAGGAGCGCCAGGAGCUGCGGCAGCAGAUCGAGACCAAGCUGUGCAGGCGGCUGAGCCAGAGACCCGCCGUGGAGGAGCUGGAGCGGAGGAACAUCCUCAAGCAAAGGAACGACCAGACGGAGCAGGAUGAGCGGCGGGAGAUCAAGCAGAGACUGACGAGAAAGCUGAACCAGAGGCCCACGGUGGACGAGCUGAGAGACAGGAAGAUCCUGAUCCGCUUCAGCGACUACGUCGAGGUGGCCAAGGCGCAGGACUAUGACCGCCGGGCGGACAAGCCCUGGACGCGGCUGUCGGCCGCCGACAAGGCAGCGAUUCGGAAAGAGCUGAACGAGUACAAAAGCAACGAGAUGGAGGUGCACGCAUCCAGCAAGCAUCUGACCAGGUUCCACAGGCCAUAGAGAUUUUCUUCUGAGAAGAAUUCGUGUUUAAUUUUUGAUACCAACUCUGAACAUGCAUCAGGGAACUUUCCAGAAGUCCAGCCCAAGACUCCCUGCGGGGCCGCUGAGGAGCAGGUGAGAUCUGG